AUGACCGAUCGGUUCUUUCCAAACGAGAUGCCUCUCUUCGUGGCAGAGACAACAGACCAAAGUCCAUUGACAGACUCUCUUAAUGCCCUUCUUUCUCUCUCUUACCAAUCCCUCUCUGCAAAGUUCCAAGUUUCUGCAUUUCACUUGAAGCAAUCGGUGGUGAGGGAGACAUGGGGUUCACGUGGGAAGCGUGUGAAGGACUAUACCCUUUACACGGGGGCUCUUGGAACAGCAUACCUGCUUUUCAAGGCCUACCAAGUAACCAAGGAUGGGAAUGAUCUUAACUUGUGCUCAGAGAUUAUUGAGGCUUGUCAUUCUGCUUCAGCAGAUUCUAGGUACACUAGACAUGAAUUGGUUCAUUUGGAUUUCCAUGCGGUCUUGGAAACUGGAGUUUUGUGUCUCAAUUCGAAACAACACACUCUCAAUUUUGCGAAGUCUUGUUCUGUCAGCUAUGGAAUCCGUGUGACAUUUCUCUGUGGGCGUGCUGGUGUUUGUGCUCUUGGUGCUGUUGUAGCUAAGCAUACUGGUGAUGAAAGACUACUUGACUAUUACUUGAGACAAUUCAAAGAGAUUGUAAUACCUCGUGAUUCUCCUUAUGAGCUAUUGUAUGGUAGAACAGGUUACUUAUGGGCUUGCUCAUUCUUAAACAAGCAUAUUGGUAACAACACAAUACCUACUACCCACAUGAGAUCAGUAGUGGAUGAAGUUAUCACGGCUGGCAGACAAUUAGGUCACAAGGGAAGAUGUCCUCUAAUGUAUGAAUGGCAUGGGAAGAAAUACUGGGGUGCUGCACAUGGACUGGCAGGAAUUAUGCAUGUUUUGAUGGACACGGAACUCAAGCCAGAUGAGGUGGAAGAUGUCAAGGGUACCAUACAUUACAUGAUUAAGAAUCGUUUCCCUAGUGGCAAUUAUCCCUCCAGUGAAGGAAGUGAAAAUGACCGUCUUGUGCAUUGGUGUCAUGGUGCUCCCGGAGUCACUCUUACCCUUGUAAAGGCAGCUGAGGUUUUUGGAGACAUGGAAUUUCUUGAAGCAGCUGUAGAGGCGGGGGAAGUAGUAUGGAAAAGGGGUCUGCUUAAGCGAGUUGGGAUCUGUCAUGGCAUCAGUGGGAACACCUAUGUAUUUCUUUCUCUUUACAGAUUGACAGGAAAUGAGGAGUACUUGUACAGGGCCAAAGCAUUUACUUGUUUCCUACUUGAUAGAGCACAAAAACUAAUCUCAGAAGGAAAGAUGCAUGGAGGAGAUCGCCCCUAUUCCUUAUUUGAAGGUCUUGCAGGAAUGGCAUAUACUUGUCUAGACAUGGUUGAUCCACAAAUGGGUAAGUUCCCAGGCUAUGAACUUUGA